AAUAUAAUGUUAUAACAUGCAUGUUUCAGGAAAAUGAAUCAAUCUUUGGUAAGAUCAAAUUGAAAUCGAAAGCCAAUCUAUUUUUUUUGGAAUGAUUGGCUAUGAAGAUACACAAAUGGGAGCAAAAGAGGAAAAACAUAGAUUUAUCGGGUUUAAUUCUAAAAAAAUAAAUAUAACCCAUAUUUUUAUAUUUUUUUUAAGUUUAAAAAUGGUGUCAAUCUCUUAUUGGGACACGUGAGGGUGCGAGGCACAAUCUGGCUCGGUAGGACUGAAGUUAAAAAAACAAAGAAAAAAAAAACAUAAAAAAGGACGGACGGUCUAGAGAUAUAGAAAUUAAACAGAUAUAUAUAUAUAUAUAUAUAUAUAUAUAUAUAUAUAUAUGCACACCUUAAAAUGUUCCUUCAAGAUAUAUGAGUGCAGACGAAUUAACUUCAAAUGCUAGCUCAAUGGCAUACGUUUUCAAAUGCACUACUAAAAGUGUAGUGACUACGAUCAACGUGUGACACGAACGAAGAGGUGCUGAACGAUGAUCAGCAGACAUGCACUGCGCAGACCUUUCCAUUCCAUCUCAAGAACAUGUCCUGAAACUCUUCCUUUGCCCUCCAACGGUCCAAAGAAUUUUCCUCAACACUGCCUUCGUCUACUCACUUCGUGCAAGGACUUGCAAUCUCUCCUUCGAAUCCAUGGCUGUUUAAUAGUCUCAGGCCACAAACCAGACAGUUUUACAAGUACCCAUCUCAUAAAUUUGUACUCUUCGUUUCAAAGAUGCGACUUGGCUCGCUUUGUUUUCGAUUCCACAACAAACCCAAGUGUGAUUAUAUGGAACUCCAUGAUCAGAGCUUAUACAAGGUCAAAAAAAUUCAAAGAAGCUCUGGAAAUGUACCAUUACAUGUUAGAUAAAUCUCUAGAACCAGACAAGUAUACGUUCACUUUUGUACUGAAAGCUUGUACCGGGAAUUUGGAUUUGCAAAAGGGUGUUUCGAUUCAUCGUGAAAUAGUUAAUAAGGGACUGGAAUGUGAUGUGUUUAUCGGGACUGGGCUUAUUGAUUUGUAUUGUAAAUUGGGUGACUUGGGUCGUGCAAGAGAGUUGUUUGAUAGAAUGCCUGAGAAGGAUGUUGUGGCUUGGAAUGCAUUGAUUGCGGGGUUGUCACAGAAUUUGGAUCCGCGGGAGGCAUUUGGAUUUUUUAGGAGUAUGCAAAUUGGUGGCGGCAAUGUGGAGCCUAAUUCGGUGAGCUUGUUGAAUUUGUUCCCGGCAGUUUCUAAGUUAUUAGAUAUCAAGUCUUGUAAAUGCAUUCACGGAUAUGUGUUCAGAAGGGAUUUUCCGAUUUCUGUUUCGAAUGGGUUGAUUGAUAUGUACUCUAAGUGUGGCCAUGUUGAUAUUGCUCGCAGGAUUUUUGAACGGAUGGGGGCCCGAGAUGAUGUUUCAUGGGGUACUAUGAUGGCGGGGUAUGGCCACAAUGGACAUUUUUUUGAGGUUUUAGAAUUAUUUGAUUACAUGAAAAGAAAGAAUCUGAAUAUGAAUAAGGUAUCGGUUGUAAGUGCUUUUCUGGCAGCUGCUGAGACGAGAGAUUUGGAGAAGGGGAAGGAGAUCCAUGACUGUGCCAUAAAACAAAGGAUUGAUUCAGAUAUUUUGGUGGCUACUCCUCUUAUGACAAUGUAUGCCAAAUGCGGAGAAUUGGAGAAGGCUAAACAAUUGUUUGAAAGACUAAAUGGAAGAGAUUUAGUUGCUUGGUCUGCCAUAAUUGCUGCUUUUGCCCAAUCUGGGCAUCCUGAAGAAGCACUCACUCUAUUUCGACAUAUGCAGAAUGAGAAUUUGAAACCAAAUGCUGUAACUCUAGUGAGUGUCCUUCCAGCCUGUGCAGAAUUGUUGUCUGUGAAACUGGGAAAGAGCAUUCACUGCUAUGCUGUCAAAGCCAAUAUUGGUUUUGAUGUUUCAACAGGAACUGCCCUAGUGUCAAUGUAUGCCAAAUGUGAAUUAUUUACUCCGGCACUAAAUAUAUUCAAUAGGAUGUCAUGUAAAGAUAUUGUGACAUGGAACGCUUUGAUAACUGGAUAUGCUCAGAUUGGUGACCCUUAUCAUGCAAUGGAGAUGUUUUGUCAACUAAAAUUAUAUGGGGUACACCCAGACUCUGGAACAAUGGUGGGUGUGGUGCCAGCUUGUACCCUCUUAAAUGACCUAGACCUAGGAACCUGCAUUCACGGGCAAAUUAUAAAGCAUGGGUUUGAGUUGGACUGUCAUGUGAAUAAUGCUCUAAUUGACAUGUACGCCAAAUGUGGAAGCCUUCCCUCAGCCGAAUUAUUGUUCAACAAAACUCAGCUCCCUAAGGAUGAGAUAUCCUGGAAUGCAAUGAUUGCAGGGUACGUGCAGAAUGGACAUGCUAAAGAAGCUAUUUCUGCAUUCCACCAGAUGAAAUUAGAGACUUUUCAUCCUAAUUUAGUCACAUUUGUGAACGUCCUUCCUGCGGUAGCAUACUUGGCAGCCUUAAAAGAAGGUAUGGCUAUUCACGCCUACGUACUGCAAAUGGGAUUUCAGUCUAAUACCCUUGUUGGAAACUGUCUCAUCGACAUGUAUGCCAAAUGUGGGCGCCUUGAUUAUUCAGUCAAUAUUUUUAAUGAGAUAGAAACUAAAGACACAGUUUCAUGGAAUGCUAUGCUUACUGGUUAUGCAGUUCAUGGGCAUGGGGAUUGUGCUUUAGCACUUUUCUCACGUAUGCAGGAGAGUCAUGUUAAGGUUGAUCUUGUGUCUUUUGUAAGUGUCUUGUCUGCUUGCAGACAUUCAGGUUUGAUAGAGGAAGGGAGGAAAAUAUUUAAUUCCAUGCGUGAAAAGCAUUUUCUUGAACCAAACUUGGAACACUAUGCUUGUAUGGUGGAUCUGUUAGGUCGAGCUGGUCUGUUUGACGAAACUUUGUUUUUAAUUAAAACAAUGCCUGUUGAACCUGAUGCUGGAGUUUGGGGAGCCCUAUUGGGUGCUUGUAGAAUGCAUUCUAAUGUGGAGUUAGGAGAGGUAGCAUUGAAUCAUCUUGCUAAACUGGAGCCUGGAAACCCAGCUCACUAUGUGGUUUUAUCGAACAUAUAUGCUCAAUCUGGUAGGUGGGGCGAUGCAGGAAACACUAGACUGAAGAUGAAUGAGACUGGAUUGACAAAAACUCCAGGAUGUAGUUGGGUUGAUUUAAAAUCAAGGUUCGUGCAUUUUGAGUAGGUGACCAGAGCCAUCCACAAUUCAAGAGCAUGGGUUUACUGUGAAACAGUUUGCUUGAGAAGAUGGAGAAAAUGGGUUAUGUUCCUGACAAGAGCUGCGCAUCACAAAAUGUGGAGGAAGAGGAUUUAGAAUUGUUUCUCUACAGUAUAGUGAAAUAUUAGCCAUAACUUAUGCUCUUCUUAACAGAAUCUGAGUCAACCAUCCAGAUAGUAAAGAAUCUCCUUGUUUGUGUGGAUUGCCACACUACUACAAAGUUUAUUUUAAAAGAUCACAGGCCGCAGGAUCAUUCUCAAGAUGCCACUCAUUUUCAUCACUUUGAGGAUGUUAUCUGUUCAUGCAAGGAUUUCUGGUGACCUUUACGGCAUUUCCGAUGAUGUCAAUAUAUAACAAUGACUGCAGCUUUUCCAAUAAUAAUUUUCAUGCAUGGAUAUAUUUUGCCCAACAUUUACAGUCCUACUGGGUCAGAUAAAUGAACAUAGUAUUCAAACAGCCUGAAUUAAGAACCAGAAGUAGGCUUGGAAGUAUCCUACUAGUUUCCAACAUUUUGGUGCUAGGGCACAGACAGCAUGGACUGGACUCAUGAAGCUACAUGAGAAGUCAAGGCCCACAUGGUUGCUGUAAAAGGCUGGAUUAUGUUCUCGAAGACCCGAUAAGCUUUGUGCUGCCGCCAGCAAUUAAUCCAAAGAAAUUCUGUAUUGUCAUCAAACCUGAAGGAAUCUCAUGGACUUGCAGUUCUGGUUGGGAAGGGUUGCUCAAGAAUGAGAAGGCUCAAAUGGUAACACUUUAAGUUAUGGUACUUGCUUGAAGCUAUCUCAGCUGCAUGAAAGAAUUGUCAGGAACUACAGGAAAGGAAGCCUCUGCAGAGUCUUAAAUGAAUUGGAGAUUAGAUCAACCUCCUUUUGUGAUCUUACAAUAUCUGAAGCUAGUUUGUAUCUGUCAAUAUUGAUCUUAGAAGAAAUGGCAAAUGAUUUCUGAUUCAUUUUAGAUACAAAAAUGCAAGUAGUAAUUUAUAUUUUAGUGUUCCUUAAUCUUUUUAAAACCUGUCAAAUAAUAAUUCCAACUUGUUAAUUUCACUUCCAUUUAAGAAAUAUAGUAUUCUCAUAUAACAAAAUGGUACGUAGUAUAUAAUUAAAAACAAUAUUUUUAUUAUUAUUACUUUUUGGUGACUAGGGAAGUGUUGUGCCUCCCUCCAGAAUGGAGUGAAGGCCAAAAUCUAUUAAUAAUGUUCUCAUUAAGAUUCUCAACUUACCUGCCUCCAUAACCUCGGUCUCUAAUUAUUAAGCUCCUAACUCUAUGCCUUAGUGGACAAAGAAUUGUUCUUGUAGGACUAGGAAUAAAAACCUUUUUUGAGACAACAUUGGCAACUGUAUGUCCCUUACAUGCCCUCGUUAUUGUUAGGAACUCAAAACCUUGACCUUAAUACAACAUUGAAUGUACACUCUAUUAAGACUAAUAACUGCUUCACAACAUUCUUAAGUUGUGAAUGCCAAGCAAUGAUAAUCAUCAUAUUAAAUAGACUGAACAAAGAGUUCAUCCAUGUGCACGCUAUGGGUGGACUGAAAAAUGACAGCAACUACUGUCUCAAAAUCAUGGAGAGUCAAAGAUACAGUGAAGUGAAAACCUUAUUUAAGUGAUCAUUGUAGCAUAAGAUUUUUUGGCGUAGUGAUUGUGACUUGUAACUCCUAAAUUGAAAACGAGAAACAAAUUCUGUGUAUUGAGGUAAGAUUCACUUUUCCUGUGGAAGCCUUGUGUAUUGGGCUAGUCAGCACAAGAUCCAUAGACUUUUAUUUAUUUUUUUCAAAAAUAUUUAUUUUAAUUUUUUAAUUUGGGUUUGGUUUGUUGAUGCAUAUUAUAGAAAUAGUUAUAUUCUUAUUCCAGAGGAGAGGAACUUUUUGCAAGUUACUGUGACUCCUGCUCUCUCAUUAGUAUUUGGCCUAUUGGGCAAUGUGAGAGGCGUGAGAGCGGGGAUCGAAAGUGGGCUCAUUGUGAAGGCAUGUUGGUGGUUAAUAAGGGCAACUUGGUAAUUUCGGUCUCAAGCAGCCUGCCCACCAGAAAUGGCACUCGAGUUUUUCAUCUGUCACUUAUCAAAGAACCUCAUAAACCCUAACUCUUGUUUUCCGAGAUCAGCUCUGUGCCUUUUUAGUGAAGAUGGUGAGGGUUAGUGUUUUGAAUGAUGCUCUUAAGAGCAUGUACAAUGCAGAGAAGCGGGGGAAGCAUUAGGUUAUGAUUAGACCAUCAUCAAAAGUGAUCAUAAGUUUCUUUUAGUGAUGCAGAAGCAUGGAUACAUUGGAGAGUUUGAGUAUGUUGAAGAUCAUAGGGCUGGGAAAGUCGUGGUUGAACUGAAUGGAAGACUAAACAAAUGUGGGCUAAUCAGUUGUAGAUUUGACGUGGGUGUCAAAAAGAUCGAGGGAUUGGCUGCAAGGUUGCUCCCUUCAAGACAGUUUGGAUACAUUGUGUUGACAACUUACGCUGGUAUCAUGGAUCAUGAAGAGGCUAGGAGAAAGAAUGUUAGUGGUAAAGUGCUUGCUUUCUUUUACUAGACUGAGUUUGUCCAAGAAUUUUUCUGAUUUUUUUUUUUUUUUUCAGUGUACUUCAGAACUUUGUUUAGGCUGGGUUUGUCCAGAAUGAUUCUGAUUAUUUUUUUAUAUUUUAUUUUUCUAUGAGUUUGUUAA